CUCACGCAAGAUCAUGCUCAACGUUUCCUGUUUUCCCACCAGUGCACAAAUGUAGUGAACUAAUUAUACCAUGAUGCUCUUUUGUUGAGUGCUGCCACAGUGAUAAUGGAAAGGAAAAAACAGUUACUAGAAGGCAGGAACUAAAGAGGGAGGGAGCAGGUAACACAAUGCUGAGCUCAAAUCAUAUUUUUCAGAGAACCGCGCCUCAGCUUCCUUAAAAGCGGCCGUGUUUUUGUUUUUUAGAUGCCUCAGGCUUCACAUCUUGUACUAACCAGCAGCGACCAAAAAUGAUAUCAGUGUUGACUGAGGAAGGAGCACAGACCGCUGAUCUCAUGAACAGGGAAAAAACAAGCUUACAUAAGUUUCUCUUGAGUUGUGGUGGAGCAGAAACGUGUCAUGGUCUCUGAUUUGAGUGGGCGGUAUCUUUACACUGGCAGUCACAGGCUUUGUUGGAGUGUCUGAUGGGGCAGGGUAACACUAAAAAGACUCUACUCAGUUCAAUGAAGAAGGGCAUCCUCUUCUGCAUUCUCUGUGUUGUACUGCUGUGUCUUUUCACUAAAUGGCCGAGUGAAUUAAAGACUCUGGCAGCCAAACAUCCCAGCACCUUCUUUUGCAGCAGCAGCAGCAGCAGCAGCAGCAGCAGAAAUGUGACCACCAUCUUGCUGUGGUACUGGCCCUUCAGGAAAUCAUACAGCCUGCAGGGUGAUGUGUGCUGGGACCUUUACCGCAUCCCUUACUGUAGACUAGUGGACCAGCACUCUUUCUUUUCCUCAGCUGAUGUGGUGGUCUUCCACAACAGAGAGCUGCUUGAGGGCCACCAGAAGCUGCCCUUAGACCUCCCACGACCGCAGCACCAGAGGUGGGCCUGGAUGUCCCUGGAGUCCCCUCUGCACAACGGAAACUUGCGGAAGUAUGCGGGUAUCUUCAACAUCACCAUAACCUACAGGAGGGAUGCUGAUGUCAGUUUACCCUAUGGCGAGCUGAUACCAAAGGAGGCGGAAGAACUUGUGGGGGAAGAUGCCGCUCUGAAUAAGAGCUCUCUGGUCUGUUGGGUGGUCAGCAAUUACUUGACGCAUCACAAGAGAAGCGAAGUGUACCAUGAGCUCAAAGCCGUAGUCCCUGUGAAGGUUUACGGGCAUUGGACAAAGGCACACCUCACCUCUGGAGCCCUCUUACCUACAAUCUCUCGCUGCUACUUCUAUUUGGCUUUUGAGAACUCGAUCGCGAAAGAUUAUAUCACCGAGAAGCUAUGGAGGAAUGCUUAUCUGGGUGGGGCAGUUCCUGUUGUCCUGGGACCGUCGUUGAAUGAUUACAAAACUGUAGCUCCGCCUCAUUCUUUCAUUCAUGUUGAUGAGUUUGCAUCAGUGAAAGAUUUAGGAAAGUAUCUACAGCAGCUGGCAGAGGACAGGAAACGCUACAGUGAAUAUUUUACGUGGAAACAACAGUGGAAAGUGAAACUUUACACAGACUGGAGAGAGAGACUGUGUAAGAUCUGCUCACAGUAUAACAGUUUCCCUCAGCAGAAAUAUUACACUGACCUAGAGGCCUGGGUUAAAGCUAACAUUUGAGCUUGAACUAUUGUGGUUGAUCAGUAAUUGACAAAUUGUGAAUUUAACCACAUUUUUUGGCACAUUUGCAGACAUGACGUCCUUGUUUUGCUGCACUAGCACAACCUUAUUUUUCAUGACUAGUAAUACAUUUUUUAUGUUGUUACUGUGCCGGUAAAAUAAAUAUGCAAUCAGUAUUUAUCAGAUGAACAGAAAAAGGAUGAAAAGAUUGUAAAAAAAAAAAAAAAAAAAAUUAGGGGGAAGGCAAUAUUUACUGGAGAAAAUGAAUUACAUCCUCUAGACUCAUGAAACCAUCCCCAAUGUUUUUAGACAUUUUUCCGAUUUAUUAAAAACCAAACAUUAAAACUCUUAUUUUACAAAAGUAUUCAGAAGUUGAAUCAACUGUUUAGUCACAAGGACAGUCAGUUCAGACUUCUUUUUCUUUUCCAUCUCCUCAGUUUUAAAGAGUUUUCUUUUGACAUGAAAAACUUACAGCUGCAGCAGAAGAAUCCACUUUGUACCAGAGUUAGUACAAAGACAGCAGGCAAGGCUGUUCAUAGUGACUUUGUUAAUUUAAAGUGUUUGGCGGUAGGGACUGAAUUCAAUAUUAAACCUUAUUGUAGUUAGCAUUGGUUUUCAUUAUUAUGAAAAGAAACACAGAUUAACCUUUGCACAUAUUAAAGACACAGCAAGUUUACACAAUGUCACAUUUCUUCACAACUACAAAAAAAGGACAGCCCUGAGAGUUUUAACUCAAGCAAUGCAUGCAGGGAAGUCUGUUGAUAUUGCUAGCUUUGUUUCUUUCUAAACUUAUUUUAAUGAGUUGAAUGAACUCUCAGCAGUUAGAACAGCUUAGAGCAAAGUUAGAACAGCUCAUGUUUAUAAGUUCACAUAACCAACACAACUAUCAUGCCUUAACUACUUCAUAUUAAGAACGUUGACCCAAGUGAUGUAGAUCCCUAGCACUUUAAACCAAACACCUGACCUCUCAGUUGACAAAAGUGUUGCCAGAAGGGAAAUACACUUAUUCACAUUUUUACUGAGAGUAAGAUGAGAAGGUUGAUACCACAAUAAUGUAUAAGUAUGAGCCUGCAGCCAGCAGCUGGCUAAUUUAGCUUAUAGAUUUUGUUACCUUUGUACAGUGCCAGGCUUUCUUCUGCCUCAGAUCCUUAUGCUUUUUAAAGCUAAACGGCUGCUGGUUGUAGCUUCACAUCUAUCAUACAGAUUUGAGAGUGUUAUCAAGUCUCUCGUCUGGCUCUCAGCAAGACCACUAAUAAGAGUGUUCCCAAAAUGUUAACUAUUCCUUUAAAUUGCACUCACAUAAACACAUUCUGUGCAUUACCAUCCAGGCUUGAACAGAUGUUAAGACACACGACAAUCCCUGAACUAACUUAAUUAAUAAGUUGAUUAAGUACAUCCUUACCCAUCAUCAACAGAAGAAUGCUGAGUGAUUCCUGAUGGACACAUUCCAUGUUAAACUCUUAUGGACGUCAUCUUCCUUGCAAUCACAGAAUUGCCCCCAGAAUAUACAAAAAAGGUGACCAAUAAAAAUACAAAUAGUUUGUUCAAAAGGGACAAAGCCUCCAGCUUGAAAUUGAUCCCAUGAUUCCUUGCACUGCUUCAAUUGCAGUAUCUGUGCUGAAAGUAAUGAAAUAAUUACUAACAAUAAAUGUAAGCUUGUUAGACUUUCAUCAUGUUUUAGCCCAACUUUAAACGGAUGAAACAUUUGCUUAAUGAUUGAUAUCAAAAAGCUUACAUUUGAUUUCUUUCAUCUGUAUUAUAUGUGUCUUUUAGUAUGUCAAAAGACUGUAAUUUCAUGUUUGGUCAGUUCAACUCAAUCUGUUUAUUUCAUGGCUUUCUCUCCUUCCUAAUAAAAACAAGUGAACUAAAUCGAAUGGCCCAGCGUGU